AUAAUAAAUGGUAAUGGGUGCGGAAAUUUAUGAGAGGCAAACGCAUCGUAAAUCUGCUUAUUGCUGUUCGCCUGACGUUAUUUGCUUUCCACGAAAACAUAUACAAUGAUAGAGAGAACCAGGACAAAAAUUAGAAGUUUAAACGAGGGGUUCCCGCAUCCCACACGCGCACGUUUCGGUAAUUCCAGUUUCUUUGAAUUUCUACCUCCGCGCGCGAGACAUUCUCUCAUACACUCGGGAAAGCGUCGUGAAAUACGGAGAGAGAAAUGUGUUUUUCUCUCGUGUACACACACACUCUCGCUUGAUAAGUAUGAAAAGAACAUCGCUGACUGCAGUUACGAGUGAGAUAAGAUUCGGUACUUCCCGUCAACGAAAUAAAGCGUGUGCAUAAUGAGAAAGCGUAUAUAUGUAUAUGCUGGUAAGUGUAUAUAAUGACAUUUGGAAAUGAUACUGUCAUACUUCUCUAAUUUGCAAGCGUGAGAAGACAUCAGUUGAUCACAUCCGUGAAUACAUUCACGAGAAAACCGAAGUUAAAAAAAAAGAAAUAUAUAGAGUGCAAUAUGAAAUUUUACUUGUUUAUUUUCGCCCUGCUCUUGGCAGUGAUGGCGAUCCUUGGGUAUGUACCUCCGGUCAGGAGACAGCCUCCAGGUGGCUGGAAACCUUUCCCGACUUUCCCUGGUCAGGGACCUUAUAACCCGAAGAUUAGAUUUCCUUAUUAGGAAAUCCUCACAGAUAAUGUAACUAAAUAACUUUUAUUGAAAUCUAUUUGCAUUGACGUGUACCUACUAGAAAAUGAUGCCUACUGAUACCAACCGUUCGUUUGUUUUUGUAAGAUGAUUACUGGCCAUGCAACUAACUAGCCAGUAUCUGAUAUAAAGCGAUGUAUAAAUAUUUUGUAAUAAAAAGACAAAUAAAAAUUUAAGUAUUAUUUAAA